CUUGCCCUUUUCUUCUUCGAAGAAGGAAACGCUCUUCGUCUUCUUCUUUGACGAUUCUAGGGUUUCCAGUCGUCAUCUUGGUUUCGAUUUGGAUCUUGAUUCUUGGAUUCCUCUCAUGCUGGUUCUCUUGAAUCUCUGAGGUGUUCUAGGGUUUUCGUUUUGAGGUAACAUGCGGCUGCUUCUACCCGGGUGUUCGUCGAUGAAGGAGCGGAGCAAUGGCGGAGGAGAGGGCGGGAGAACCCAUUGCUAUUUGAACGUAUAUGAUUUAACACCGAUUAAUAACUACCUUUAUUGGUUUGGCCUCGGCAUCUUCCAUUCCGGGAUCGAAGUGCAUGGCAUGGAGUAUGGAUUUGGAGCCCAUGAAUUCCCAACAAGUGGUGUGUUCGAAGUUGAGCCAAAAAGCUGCCCUGGUUUUGUAUAUAGACGGACUGUGUGGCUGGGCACCACUAACAUGUCUCGGACAGAGUUCCGGUCCUUCAUGGAGCACCUUGCUGGAAAAUAUCAUGGUGAUACCUACCAUUUGAUUUCCAAGAACUGCAACCACUUCACUGAUGAUGUUUGUAAGCAGUUGACUGGGAAGGCUAUCCCAGGAUGGGUAAAUCGCCUUGCAAGAUUAGUUUCAGGUCCUUUCUGCCAUUGUCUCCUACCAGAGAGUAUACAGGUUACAUCAGUCAGACGCUUGCCUGACAUACCAAUGGACUCUGAGGAUGAGUCAAUAUCCAUUGCUUCAUCAGCCAUGGAGGAUAGUGAUGAGGAAGGGCUUGAUCACCACCUGCUAACCACACCGAAUAGUGAUCCCGGGUAUUCUAGAGACAAAGUUUUGAGGCUUGCAAGAGAAGCCCAAUGAAGCGUGCUAUGAUAUUGGUACAAUUGAUGCUAAGUCAUUUUGUCCUGUAAGUGUGCUACAUCCCUCCCCCCUCUGCAAUUAUUUCUUUUGGACUCAUGGAUAGUGUUGUAAUCUGCAAAAAUGUAUCAUUGUUUGUAUAAUCACACACUUAAUCUAAUCUCAAGCCAGAAAGGGCAAGUUCCAAAUUUUUGGUUUUCCUCUAA